AGAAAAUUCUGACAAGGUUUUCGACAAGGUAUCAAAAUGCCGGUAGAAAAUCUCGAAGAAGAAGGCCUUCCAAACAACCCUAACUUAGAAAUUUCACAAUGGAAGUUUAUUAUAUGUAAUCCUGAUGGAGUUAACAAGGAACAAGCRAAGAAAAACAUCAUGGUCGCCGUCAAAGAGAAAGACAUGGCCCCUCUAUAUGAAGAGUUAUGCCAUGAGUUGAAAUGGCCAGUAGACCAAGCAUUAUUAGACAAAAUGAAAAAGGCCAAUGAAGAGAAAUUAAAGGAAUUGGAAAAGAAACUAAAAUAUGCUGAGGAAAAUCUUGGUGAAACAGAAAUAAGAGAYGCAUUGUUUGCACAAGGCGAAUAUUUAUGUAGCAUUGGAAAUAAGGAAGGAGCAAUUACAGCUUUUAGAAAGUGUUACGAUAAAGCAGUGGCCCUUGGUUACAAACUAGAUAUUAUUUUCUAUCGUAUUCGUAUUGGGUUAUUUUACCUCGACAAUGACAUGAUGACCAAGAACAUUGCAAAGGCACAAGAAUUGAUUGAAGAAGGAGGAGACUGGGACAGACGAAACAGACUCAAAGUCUACCAUGGCAUCUACUACCUUUCAAUACGUGACUUCAAAUCUGCCGCWAACAACUUCCUGGAAAGCAUCUCGACAUUUACUUCCUAUGAAUUGAUGGAUUACAAGCAGUUUGUCACUUUGACCGUCUUGGCCAGUAUUAUCUCAUUGGAGAGGGUUGAUCUCAAAAAGAAAGUUGUCAAUGGAGCAGAGAUUCUUGAAGUCCUUCAUCAGCUUCCUGUCAUCAAAAAGUUCCUYCUUUCUUUCUAUAAUUGCCAUUAUGAUGAUUUUUUCAAAGCUUUAGCUGAGGUUGAACAGAUUCUCAAACAAGACAGGCUCAUGUCACCUCACUACAGACACUACGUCCGUGAGAUGCGAAUCCUGGCUUAUACUCAAUUAUUAGAAUCUUACAGAAGCCUUACACUAGAAUACAUGGCAAACGCAUUUGGUGUUAGCGAAGCCUUCAUUGAUAGGGAGCUGUCAAGGUUUAUAGCGGCGGGGAGAUUGCAUUGUAAGAUUGACAAAGUUGGCGGCAUUGUUGAAACAAACCGACCAGACCACAAGAACUGGCAAUAUCAAGCAAGCAUCAAACAAGGAGAUCUACUAUUGAACCGCAUCCAAAAACUAAGCCGUGUUAUAAACAUAUAGUUUAUAAUUAUUAUUAUUUAAAAACAUGGCUAUAAAACCACACAUCUUGAAAAUUACAUCCYGAUCUUUGGUACGCACUAACUAAURAACAAACAAGAGUGUCAUACUGUAGUGCUUGUAAAGUCUUGAAUCUACUUGCUUUUUAAUGUUAGGCAUCAUUGUAAAUGUCUUGUGAGAUAUUAAAACAUAACAAAAACAUGA